UUUAUUUAAUUCAUUCUCAACUUUUUGCAGCUUCAAUCAAUCUCACCCAGCUGCUUUCAAUUUACCAAAUUUCACUUAAAAAAAAAAUGGGCAGGAAAAAGAAAUUCAUCGACAAAAAGAAAUCCGCAACGUUCCAAUUAAUCGCCCGCGACUCAUCCGAUCCCAUUUACGACGACUCACCUGGUAAUGACCGAGUCUUCGUCCGCAUCGACAAUAACCCCGUCUCCAUCUUCGCCGGCUCCGGCGAGUACGAAGACGAAGGCGAAGGCGAUUCCGAUUCGAUAUUCGCGGAUGCGCCGGAGGACAACAAUGAUAACGAGGCCGAUGAUCGGGUUUUCGGCACUCCGGCGGCGAGGCCGUCGAGGAAACCGUUGCCGGAGAACGUGAGGAAGGAGAUUUUGGAGCUAGGGUUUCCGGAUGACGGUUACAAUUAUCUGAAGCACUUGCGGGAGAUUAAGAACACUGGUGGUGGCUCCGCGUAUUAUCAGAAUCCUAAGGCGAAGCUUGAGGAGCUUCCUCGUGACGUCAAGGCAUAUGAUGCUUCGAGAGUACGAAUUUCUGGAGGGGAUGGUGAUUCCAAUGAGAAAUCGAUUUUUAGUGUUGCGUCUAAGACCGUUGGUGUGAGGCUUCAGAAAGCUGUUGAUCCGGAUGUUGCUGCAUUACUUGAUGAUAGCGAUUUGUCGCGGUUUGCUUCCGAUGAUGAGGACUUGGAAGAGGAUUUUGUUGUUCAGGCAAACCUUGCUGAAGAAGAAGAAGAGGAAGAGGUGGAUAAUAGAUUGAAUAUAGUCGAGGAAAUUGAGGAAAAACCCAAAAAUGAGGUUGAUAAAGCCGGUGCUUUGGGCCAACAAGAAGUUGUGGAUAGCCUUGUGUUUCAGAAUGGAGUUGGAAAUCAGCUGGUGAAAGAAGGAGAUGAAAUUGUUGGCGACAAGCCCCGGGCCCCUCGUCUUUUGGAUGAGCAAUUUGAUCUACUUGAACGGAAAGAAUAUGGUACUGAUGAUGAUGAAGAUGAUGAUGAUUAUGUUUAUGUAGCUGAAGAAGAUGAGUUCCUAGCGGAGAAGCUCAAACAUACUCUAGGUGACAAUUUGAUCGAUGACUUGGAGCUUGAUGGCAAAUAUAGGGCUCCUGCAGAUUUAUUGCGUGAUACUGAGGGGCCAAAAAGUAAAGAGCUAUUAGAGACUGCUGCUGAUGUGAUUCAUCGCAUUGUGGAAUAUGCUGAGAAGUAUGAAAACGAAAGUGAAAAUGAAGACAAAGAUAUGAUUCUUGAACAAGAAAGUAGUGAUGAAUCAGAAAUGUGGGAUUGUGAAACCAUAGUUUCCACGUAUACAAAUUGUGAUAACCACCCUGUUAAGAUUGGGGCUCCAAUAACUAGGAAAAAGAAGUUGGCUGAAACUGUAUCCAAUGCCAGGUGUGCCACAAGUCAUGUAAUAUCCCUUCAAGGAAAACAGAAGCUUCCGGUGGAUUUUCUUCCUCCUAGUAGAAAACCUGCUGCAGAAAAAGUGAAGGAUGUGGGUAGCAACAAAGUGGAGCAGCAGAAGAGGAAACCCAAUGGUCAGGAAUCAAAGGAGGAGAAGAAAGAACGGAAGGCUGCUGUAAAGGAGGAACGCCGUGAAGCAAGGCGUGUGAAAAAAGAAAUGAAGGAGCUUUAUAGGAGCGAAGCACAGCGUGCUCAGAAAGUUGCUGCUGUUGCUUGCCCAUCUUCCAUACAUCUUAUGUAAGUUAUUGCCAGAUUUUUGCCCAAGACAGUGUGGUCUUCCAGUGGGGUGCUUCUGUUAUUCCAAAUUCCAAUGAAGAACAAUGCUGUUGCUGUUAUACUGUCAUAUUCCACCAAGUAAAGGAGCCUGUAUGCUCAGCUAAUCCUUGAUUGCCACGUGAAUUCAGGCCACAUGGUUCAUCAGAAGUUCAUUAUUUAUGGUGGUUUUAUUCUUGUUCCGAGGGUUGGGUUGGGUUGGGCUUUUGCUACUAAUAUAUAUAUCUUUCUUGUUGAAACAUGCUCAUCUUACUUAUGCAAUAAAGUUAGAUUUUUAUGUCAUUAUUUCUCUGUACUUGCAAAACAAAGAAACUUGAAAAUCUUUGGGAUAUACUGAACGCAAUUGUUGUUUACCUUCACUUUUUGUACAUUGCUAACAAUCAUGAUCUAUUUAUCCGUACUUGAAGACGUUCAUUUUA